CUAGCAGAUUAGCAUUGACAGAAGUCGGAGUACUUGUCAAGUGAGCUUUUGACAAUAGAUAUCACAGUCACGAUGUAUUGAUGCGGGACUAAAGUGUUAUCAUGAUGUGAAUGCAUUGAUAGACAGAACCGCGACAUCGACGUACCGCUAGCAUAGACUACUGUGUAACGUUUGCCUGUUAGGAUAAUUAGCUUAGCCUGGAAAAGUAAUCAUUAUUUUUACUCGAGAUCACUGCUUAGAUUAAACAUCGAGUUUAACAUUAGCGAACUAACGCUAUUUAGUCAGAGUAACGUUUAGCAAUCAAGUAUCCACCUGCGCGCUUGCCAUGAAAAAGUGAGAAACCGGUCAAUCAAUUCCAUCAAUGAAUGGAGAAACGUGGGGGACGUAACGUUAACUGGCCAGGGAACCUAUCGCUAACCACCCCCAUAGUAACCUAGCAGGGUUAAAACCACUAUGGUACCUUUGGCACAACUUAUAAGAAUCCAACUCAGACCCCCAAUCCAAGGGGUCUGACUCCAACAGGUGAUGGCUCAGCAGACAAGAUUUGGUCGGAAAUAUUUGAAGGCUUUUGUUAGUGGCUUCUUUGUGGCUGUACCUGUGACAGUCACUGUUCUUGAUCGUCUUGCCUAUGUAGCACGUGUGGAUGGAGCGUCCAUGCAGCCCUCCUUGAACCCAGAAGGAGGUCAUUCAUCUGAUGUUGUACUUCUGAAUCGUUGGAGUGUAAGAAAUUACAGGGUGCAGCGUGGGGAUGUUGUCUCUGUUGUGUCUCCUAAAAACCCUCAGCAGAAAAUCAUCAAGAGGGUCAUUGCCUUAGAGGGAGACUUCAUUAAAACUCUAGGAUAUAAAAAUCGUUAUGUAAGGGUUCCUGAUGGACAUCUAUGGAUAGAGGGAGAUCAUCAUGGACACAGUUUUGACAGCAACAGUUUUGGACCAGUUUCCCGGGGGCUCCUUCAUGGCAGGGCAUCUCAUAUAAUCUGGCCACCUAGUCGAUGGCAGCGGAUUGAACCCUUUGUUCCAACUGAUCGCAAGCCUUUGCUGAACUGGAGCCAAAAAUCCUCAGAGGAUGAGGAUGAUGAAUGAAAAAGAUGUUACACAAACAAACUGGCACUGACAGACCUUGUGAUAAACUGUGGAAGGGACAUUUCAUAAGACAGUAAAGUGGAUAUUCAAAAGUUCAUCUUAAGUUAGCCUAUACAGUAUAUUUUCUGUGGAUACUUUGCUUUCCUACUAAGACCUAUAUUUAAACUGUUUUAUUGUCUUCUUAAAACAAGUGUGACAUGAAAGUCAAACCAUGUAGAGUUGGCACUUGUUCAGAAGUCAUCACUACCUGAACAAUGUUUAUGAUGAUGUCUUGCAUUCAAUUGCCUACUGUUUUUUUUUUUUUUUUUAUCACACAGUGGGGUGACUGUUUCGUUGAGUGUUGCAAAGAUUUCUAUGCUUGACAAUACUGUGGCCACAAAGUAAAACAAUGUAGAAUGAAGUCUUCCAUGAUGGGAUCUACAA